AUGCCUCCCCGACUCCGACUGCGUUCGCUAGCACAGCUCGCGGAGCUCCAGCUCGACCGCACGAGUUCAACCCUUCCCUACACCUGCGGACGAUGUAGUCGGUCCUACGCCACAGCAGCAGCAGCAGCAACAACAAUAGCAACGACACCGGCCCCCACAGACGCGCAGAUACAAUCCGGAUUCCCACCACUGUCACGCUACCCGCCGUCUCAACCCCCUUCGCACCGCAAUCCCGCGUACCGCAAGUCGCAGCUCCUCCGCUCCUACGUCUCCCUCUUGCAGACCACCCCCCUGAUCAUCUUCUUCCAGCACAGCAAUCUCAAAGCCACGGAGUGGGUGUCCAUCCGCCGCGAACUCGCGUCCGCGCUGCGCAAACUCGACGCCCAGCUCGCCGCUCAGGGAAAACCCCCGGAAGACCUGAUAGGCGAGUACGUCAAACUCCAAGUCAUCAAGACGAAUAUGUUUGAACCGGCCCUACGUAUAGCCGAGUACUUCAAGCCGGGGUUGCCGGGCGCACAGGGACAAACACAUCAAGAGGCCGGUGCUGGUGCAGGUGCAGGUGCAGGCGUAGUCUCGCCCGUCAGCGUGCCGAGCGAGAAGGAAGAUCCAAGCCUGACGCACGCUCUGUCCGUCGCGGCAUACCACGCCUCACAGGCCCAUCGGAACGAACACGUCCUCACGCCGCUCCUCACGGGGAGCGUUGCGAUCUUGACCUUCCCGGCCGUGUCGCCCCUGUACGUCAAGACGGCGUUCUCGAUCCUGGCGCCCCAGCCGGGCGGUGUGUUCGCGGCGCCGACCCGUCGCGCGAACCCCCUGUAUCAUGAGCCCGCCGUGCAGGAUGGCGUGAAGAAGUUGAUGCUCCUGGGCGCAAGGAUCGACGGGCAGGUAUUCGAUAUGGAGGGGGCCAGGUGGGUAGGCGGUAUUGACGGGGGAAUUGACGGAUUGAGAGCCCAGCUGGUCGGCAUGCUCCAGGGCUUUGGGGCCGGGGUGGUGCAAGUGCUGGAGAGCGGGUCGCGGGCUGUGUGGUGGACGAUGGAGGGCCGCCGGAAGAUGUUGGAGGACGAGGAGGCAGGUCCCAAAGAGUAG